AGCCGAGUAGGGCGUGAUAGUGUGUGUCGUGCCGCCCGCAACUUUUAGCUGUCUUUAGUAUUCUCUUAAUCAGGACCUACACAGAGUAAAAUAAGUAAAUCUGGUGGAAAAUCCAUAAACAAACUAGCCAAAAUAUGCUCGAAUAAAAAAAAAUCACUCUUAGUACCGGUUAAAAUAUAUACAGUGUGGUUAUAAUACGUGUGACAAUAAUGCUUGGUGUUGCGAAUAACAGUGUUGUGUGAUAAACGUUGUGUGUUGAGUUUAGUAUAUACCAUGUUUCGCUGCAUUCCAAUCUUUAAAGGGUGUAACAGGCAGGUGGAAUACGUUGACAAGCGUCACUGCUCACUGCCAAGCGUGCCCGAGGAUAUCCUCAGGUACUCCAGAAGUUUAGAAGAACUCCUUCUGGACGCCAACCAUAUCAGGGAUUUACCUAAGAAUUUUUUUCGACUCCAAAGGCUACGAAAACUUGGACUGAGUGACAAUGAAAUUCGUCGAUUACCGCCAGAUAUUCAAAACUUUGAAAACCUCGUCGAAUUCGAUAUCUCAAGAAAUGAUAUAUCGGACAUUCCUGAUAACAUCAGAAAUUUACGAGCUCUACAGGUGGCGGAUUUCAGCAGCAAUCCGAUACCUCGACUUCCCGCGGGUUUGGUGAAGCUGAGAAAUCUUACAGUACUCGGCCUCAAUGAUAUGUCACUUACUAGUUUACCGCCAGAUUUUGGAAGCUUGGAAGCUUUACAGUCGCUUGAAUUGAGAGAGAAUUUACUUAAAAAUUUGCCCGAGUCUUUUUCGCAGUUGAGUAAACUUGAAAGAUUAGAUUUGGGUGACAAUGAAAUUGAAGAAUUGCCACCGUAUCUGGGACAACUACCGGCUCUUCAAGAAUUAUGGUUAGACCAAAAUCAAUUACAACACUUGCCACCAGAAAUUGGUCAAUUGAAAACUCUCGCGUGCCUUGACGUCUCGGAAAACCGCUUAGAAGAUCUGCCUGAAGAAAUAAGUGGCCUUGAGUCAUUAACCGAUUUGCACUUGUCGCAAAAUGUUAUCGAAAAUCUGCCCGACGGUAUUGGGGAGCUUAAAAAAUUGACGAUUUUGAAGGUCGACCAAAAUAGAUUGACAAGCCUGAAUCCAAAUAUCGGAAAAUGCGAGAGUUUACAGGAGCUGAUAUUGACCGAAAAUUUUUUAUAUAGUUUGCCAUCUUCAAUUGGUAAUCUUCAUAAUUUAAAUAAUAUUAAUGUCGAUCGUAAUAGCUUGCAGUACUUGCCAGCGGAAAUUGGAAACCUUAAAAAUUUAGGUGUAUUAUCACUUCGUGAAAAUAAACUACAGUAUUUACCUAAUGAAGUUGGACAGUGUAAAGCUCUGCACGUACUCGAUGUAUCGAAAAAUAGAUUGCAGUUCUUGCCGUACUCGUUGAUUUAUUUGAAUUUAAAAGCAGUUUGGUUAAGUGAAAAUCAAGCUCAGCCAAUGUUGACUUUCCAAACAGACAUUGAUGAGGAUACUGGCCAGGAAGUGCUUACUUGUUUCCUUUUGCCUCAGCUUGAAAACAAUGCCGGAGGCUUACAAGAUGGAGGACCCUUAAAUAUGAUAGCAGGAAUGAGAAAUGCGGUUCAAAAUAAUGAGAUGAGGGAGUUAGCCAGCAGUGACGAUGAAAAUUGGCAAGAAAAGGAAGCGUCGAGGACACACUCGGUUAAAUUCACUGAUGACGGCCCAGAGGCCAACAAGGAGACACCAUUUGUACGGCAAAAUACUCCUCACCCGAAGGAAUUAAAAGCUAAAGCCCACAAGCUCUUUAGCAAGGGGAAAAAUGACAGUAGAUCGGGCUCGACAGACGAGCAGGAUGUCUCUCAAACAUUCGGCCUCGACAAAACUGAUGUAGACGCGUCUCACCCUAAUGAAGAAGAGCAAGAAGCUUCGCAACCUGUCACAACCACUAGUACCACCGCAGAACUUGAUGAGAGUGCACUAUCGAAUCAAGUUAAAGCUGCUGCGUCAGAACCGGCAAACGAUAACUCUGUUACUCAAAUUGAUGAACGUGAAAUCCAUCAUCAAUCAUCCGAACAAUUAUCUCCGGAUGCUGUUGAUGUCGAGGUUUCGGUGUCAGAAGUAUCGGCUAAGGGUAGGCAGGAGGGUGGUGAGGAUGAGUCCUCCGAGGGUGAUGGUGAUGAUAUGUCACAAAGACGUGUUGAAUUUACAAUAUCGGAAGAUCCGGAUUAUGAGGGUGGGGUUAAUACGGGAAAGCCAAACAGGCUGCACCGACGUGAUACCCCGCAUCAUCUGAAAAACAAGCGAAUACACCCCACGAUUGACAAGGAUAAAGUCGCUUCCAUCAUCGCACAGGCUAUGAUGAAGAAAAGUGACGAGACGUCCGUAUCAACAAGUCUUCCAACCGAGUCUGCCGACAAUUACGACAUUCAUAGUCAAGGAGCAACGUCAGACGCGGAACCGUCGUUAGAAGUACGCGAAGAGCAGUAUGAGAUUCAUAUUGAGAGAACAACAGCCGGUCUGGGUUUGUCGAUUGCAGGUGGUAUUGGUUCGAUACCAUUCAAAGGAGAGGAUGAGGGGAUAUUCAUUUCCAGAGUAACUGAAGGUGGUCCAGCCGAUCUGGCCGGGUUGAAGGUUGGAGACAAAGUUAUUUCGGUAAAUGGGGUUUCAAUGGUUAACGUAGAUCACUACGACGCAGUUGAAGUUCUAAAAGCUUGUGGAAGAGUCCUUGUACUUGUUAUAAUAAGAGAGGUCACGCGAAUAGUACCACCAUCUGAACAGCUGUCAACGCGAAAAGAUUCAGUCUGCUCGAGUCUCAGUACCAGUCGUGCUCCAAGUGCUACAUCUUACGUAUCGUCGACUGCACUGUCCCAUAAUCUCGAAAACGGGGAUACCAGUUUACCCCGUGAUUACGUCAAAACAAAGAAAAUUCCCGAGCCUUUGCCGACAAUGAGCAAUGAUGAGACAUUAGUACCGGUGCUUGUACACACAACAUUAAUACGAGAUCAAAAUGGUCUUGGGUUUAGUAUCGCGGGUGGAAAAGGUUCAGCGCCUUUCAAAGACAAUACCGAUGCUAUAUUUAUCUCGAAAAUAACCGACGGCGGUGUUGCACAGAAAGACGGUAAAUUAUUAAUUGGCGAUAGAGUUGUAUCGAUCAAUGGGGUUGAAAUGACCGAAGCUAAACACGAGCAAGCUGUAACAUUGCUAACCGGUCUUGAUAGGUUCGUGAGGCUAGUGGUCGAACGAGAGAUACCUCGUUCUCAGGCGAGCUCACUGAUGCAAGUAACCCCUUCGGAAAAAUCUCCGCGAUUGAUCGGCGCAUCCACGCCGCGUCCCUACACCGGGCUUUAUAAUGCAAAUAGUUACAUAGCAAAUCGACCUGGUUACGCCGGCUACCGACGUUCUAUCGACGCAGAUAAAACACUCUCCCCAAGUCCAACGGCGAGAACACCGCCUCCUCCACCACCGGCGCCACUCGCGUUGGCUAAAGAACAACAACAACCUGUCAACGGCAUUGCCAAGAUGAACGGCGUAAGCGACAGUUCUGCGGCUGGCAAAGUUAUCAGUCGAGGUGCCGUGAAUCCACCCCAGCCUGCGCCGCGACAAACUCUACCGACUCCAACGUCGCAGCCUCAACAAGUUCAACCUCAGCAACAUCAACAGCAACAGCAACCAAAUCAGCAGUCUGGUACUACAACUCCGAGUCAGCCGGAACCAACCAGACCGACUUCGCCUCAGGAAGACAUACAGGUACCGAAGCCAAUCACCAACGAGGAAUUUCAGGCCAUGAUUCCCGCUCACUUCCUACGACCUCCGACUUCCUCGCCCUCGCCAGACUCCCAGCAGGGCCCAGUCGUUACAGUGACUAUCAAGCAGCCUGAUAACUUACCUGGAGACGUUAACUUCCCUCCGGCGCCCACUACACUUGGUAAAGUUACCGAGACCAUCACUAAGAGUACACUCACCGAGACAGUCGUAACACGUGUCACCGACAAUCAUCUGGUCCAGCCAGUAAUCAUUGAGGACGUCGUACUGAUGAAGGAAGGAUCUCUUGGCUUUAGUAUCAUUGGUGGUACCGAUCACUCCUGCACGCCAUUUGGCGCUAAAGAGCCUGGUAUUUUUAUAUCACACGUUGUACCUGGAGGAAUAGCUGCUAAAUCUGGUAAACUUCGAAUGGGUGACAGGAUAUUAAAAGUUAAUGGUACCGAUGUAACUAAAGCCACGCAUCAGGAAGCUGUUAUGGAGUUAUUAAGGCCUGGUGAAUCAAUUGUUUUGACAGUCCAGCAUGACCCAUUGCCAGAAAAUUACCAGCUGGUCGAAAUAGAGUACAUUCCAGUAACAGAACUUGUGAUAGUAAAAGAGCCUGGUGAAAAAUUAGGCAUGCAUAUAAAAGGAGGACUCCGUGGUCAGCGUGGAAAUCCACUAGACCAUACAGACGAAGGUGUAUUUAUUUCAAAAAUAAAUUCCGGCGGUGCAGCUAAGCGUGACGGAAGAUUGAAGGUGGGAAUGAGAUUACUCGAAGUAAAUGGUACGUCAUUACUUGGAGCUACUCAUCAAGAAGCGGUUAAUAUUCUUCGCUGCUCUGGUAAUACGAUAACUCUUGUUGUAUGCAAGGGUUACGACAAAAACGAAGUCGAGCACUUGUUGACGCUCUCCGGAAGAGAGUCUAAAGAAUCACGAAGAUCUCAAGAUUUAAAAGACACAUCCCCUACUGAGGGAUUAAAGUCUUUGUCUCAGAGUGUCUCAAGUUUGGAUCGCGAUGACGAGGAGGCAGCAACUUUGAGACAAGAACAGGAAAUGAAAGAAGAGCUUGUCGCUUGGGAACAAGAAGAACGCGAACGAGCGUUAAUUGAGCACAGAGAAAAAUCAACUCCUGAAAAAGUAAUGGAUGUAGUAAGGGCCGCUGAAUCGUUAGUUAAUAAACCAAAUAGUCCAGUUGACACACCUGUGCCACCAAAAUCACCUGGUGGAACAAAAGAUCUCAAAACCACUACUAUUGUCAUGAGUAAACACACAUUGGCACCGCAGAAUCCCACUGCAUUACAGUCAAAAUUAAAAGAAGAAUACGGUACAUCUGUGGAUGAUCCUGUAGGAACUUCAAUAGACCAUCCAGUAACUACUUGUACUUCUACUACUACUACUGCCUCUACCAAGUCACAACCCCAUGCAUCAACGACUAAUUUAGACCACCAUUCACAAUCUAAAUCUCAAUCUCAAUCUCAAUCUCAUACACUUCCUCCUAAAAAGAGUCAGCAAAACGCUAAAAAAAGUAUUACCUUCGCGACUCUACCCUCUCCUUACAAAUCAACUCAGUGUAUAACAACUCCUAUUGUUAACUCAAUGCCUGCCAAAGAUAACCGUCCAAUUUCAAUGCACGAAAUAUCUAGUUACUAUCCAGCCACUGAUUUUUAUAAAAAAAAUAUAUCUAACAUUGAUAAUGAUAACAAGAUUAAAUCACCGCGUUUUCAACUUCCUCCGACGCCACUGACAACUCCUGUGGCUCGUUUUAAGGAUUAUGGGUCUAAGAGUAUCACCACCUCACUUAACGACUUACAGAUUGCACGUUCUGUUGAUGGAAAAAAUUAUAAGGUUGAGCCUUCACCAACACCUUCACCAACACCAGCUAAAAUGUCUGUAAGUGAUCGGAAAAGAUUAUUUGAGUCUGCUGUUGAAGAACAUCUUAAACCAUCUCCUAAACCAGAUAAAGUGUUCACUUUCCUCAGUCAAGAUGAGGUAGAAAAAUUGAAACAAGAAGAGGAGAGAAAAAUCGCAACCCUCACACGAGAUGAGUUAAAAUCAUGGGCUCAGAUGGACAUGGAAGGUAUGGAAGAGCCUGAAGAAAUAAUCGAAGAACAAGAUAAUAGAAGACCUAAUAGCCGAUUGAGCUCGCGAAGCUCGUUACCUUCCCUUCAAGGGUAUCCGAGUGUCGUAAGAACAGCCAAGGCUGAACGUCGUUUGAAAGAAAAGUUGAAAGAGGAGGGAUUGAUCUCAGAUGAAGAUGAAGAAAGUCAUUUAAGUCCUGCAGAACAACGUGCGCUGCGUGCGGAAAAAAGAGCUGCUUGGAGACAUGCUCGUCUUAAAUCCUUAGAACAAGAUGCAUUACAAGCGCAAAUGGUGAUAAAAAAAAUGAGUGAAAUGGUGGACAGUUCUACAAAAUCCGAAGUAUUAAAUUCAAGUCAAGUGGAUCCACCUCAACCAGAAAAAAUGGCAGAGUUUGGUACAUUAAGGCCGUCUAGCGCGGAUUUUCCAAAACUUGCCGUACGCAGCAAGGUGGGUCCGCCGAAAGCCGUCCGCGAAUCUGAAAAAAUAGUGGAUGAAAAGGUAACUCGGCGUACUGAGGAGUAUGUGGACGAAGUCACUGGCGAGCGUCGCGUCCGAACAGUCGAAUACGUCGAGAAGCUCAUUGAGCGCGAGGUCGAAACACUGAGAGAAAAAAUCAUAUCGCUGGAAUUAAGCAAUGCAGAGGAAGAAGUAGAUUCCGGGAAACUUGGAGCGGACAGUGAACCAGAAAGCGAAAGUGAAGAUUUUACUGGACAAGAUCUUUCAACCAGUGUCGCAGUCGAGAGUUCAGACUCGUUCAUUUGUACGAGCCCGACGACGGAAACUGUACCGAGUAUUGGGAAAAACGCGGGUCCAAAUAAUUCAUCUGUAGCAAAAAAAAAGAAACGAAAGCGCUCGAAAAAAGGACGGAAUUAAAAUAAAUUAAUUUAGUCUGGUGCGAUUAUAUUAAUAUUUAAUAUUGUAUAGUAUAUAUACAAUCUUAGAUAGGGUUUUAGGCACUAAAGAUCAAAUUUUUAUAAUAAAAAUAAAUAAAAUGGAUUAUUUAAAUUUAUAAAUAAUAUAUUAAUGUAGUUAUUGAUGAAAAUGAAAUCAAGUAACUUAAAAGUGUUGUAAUAACUAUAAGACAAUAUUGUUGCAAUUGACGUAUGAAAUUGUGUAUUUAUAUAUUUUUAUUGAGCAACAAUUGAUAUAGAAUGAUUUUUAAAAUAAUUUUGAGUUUUUUAAAAUUUUAUUUUACCGAAUUUUAUACAUAUAUUUUUAUGACAAGCCUUUGGGAUAGAUUUUCAACUAGCACAGUUUAUACUUAUCAUUUGAUAGUAUCAACUGAUUAAUUAAUUAAUUAAUUUAAUAUGACAUCAAUACACACAUUCCUAGUAUCUAUUUUGUAACAAUAGACAUCACAUAUUAAAUAAAUGAAUAAAAUUCCAGCAUUAA